AAGGCGGGCGGACAGGCGCCGUAAGGCUGGGAUCCGGAAGUCGGAACCUAUCCGCGUUAGCUCAGCCUGCCGACCAACCGUAUCGUGGUGCCGUUCUCUCCUCUUUGAUCCCCGCCGGAAGUGGAGGACGAGAGCCUGCAGAUUUGAACCUACCUGCUUUCAAGUCAGUCAUCAUGAUGAAACAUAGACACAAAAAUAAAAAACCAGGUAAAGGUUCCAAAGGCUGCAAGAAGCCUACAAAGCAGAAUGGAAAGAAAGCAGCUUCCAAAGUAGCCUCUGCUCCCCAGUUUGUUCACUCCAAUGAUCAUGCCGGUCGGGAGGCUGAAUUAAAGAAGAAGAGGGUUGAAGAGAUGAGGGAGAAGCAACAGGCUGCACGGGAGCAAGAGAGGCACAGACGUAGGACAAUCGAGAGCUAUUGUCAGGAUGCCCUGCAACGCCAGGAGGAGUUUGAGCACAAGGAGGAAGUUUUGCAGGAAUUAAAUAUGUUUCCUCAAUUGGAUGAUGAGGCUACAAGGAAGGCUUAUUACAAGGAGUUCCGUAAGGUGGUGGAAUACUCUGAUGUGAUUCUGGAAGUCCUGGAUGCCAGAGACCCAUUGGGCUGUCGCUGUUUCCAAAUGGAGGAGGCUGUCCUGCAGGCAGAAGGCAACAAGAAGCUGGUCCUGGUCUUGAACAAGAUUGACUUGGUCCCCAAAGAGGUUGUGGAGAAGUGGCUUGAUUACCUUCGGAAUGAGCUGCCAACGGUGGCUUUCAAGGCCAGCACACAACAUCAGGUCAAAAACCUGAAUCGUUGCACUGUGCCAGUGGAUCAAGCCUCUGAGUCACUGCUGAAAAGCAAAGCCUGCUUUGGAGCUGAAAACCUCAUGAGGGUUUUGGGGAAUUAUUGCCGCCUUGGUGAAGUGCGCACCCAUAUUCGUGUGGGUGUUGUGGGCCUUCCCAAUGUUGGGAAGAGCAGCCUGAUCAAUAGCCUGAAACGCAGCCGUGCAUGCAGUGUGGGAGCUGUUCCUGGGGUCACCAAGUUCAUGCAGGAGGUCUAUCUGGACAAGUUCAUCAGGCUGCUGGAUGCCCCAGGCAUUGUCACAGGACCAAACUCAGAGGUGGGCACCAUCCUGCGCAACUGCAUCCAUGUACAGAAGUUGGCAGACCCUGUGACCCCAGUAGAGACCAUCCUGCAGCGCUGUAACAUGGAGGAGGUACAGAAGGCUCUAGCUCAUACCCUGCCUCACUCCAAGGGCCUCAAUUUUCCUCAUUGUUUCUCUUCCUUCUUUCUUCACCAGAUUUCCAGCUAUUAUGGCAUCUCUGGGUUCCAGACCACUGAGCACUUUCUGACUGCGGUGGCUCACCGCCUGGGGAAGAAGAAGAAGGGAGGCGUAUACAGUCAGGAACAGGCAGCCAAAGCUGUUUUGGCUGACUGGGUGAGUGGGAAGAUCAGCUUCUAUACACUGCCACCUGCCACCCACACUUUGCCUGCUCAUCUCAGUGCUGAGAUCAUUAAGGAGAUGACUGAAGUCUUUGACAUUGAGGAUACCGAGCAGGCCAAUGAAGAUACCAUGGAAUGCUUGGCCACUGGAGAAUCAGAUGAACUGUUGGGUGAUGUGGACCCGCUUGAAAUGGAGAUCAAGUGGCUCCAUUCUCCGAUGAUGAAAAUAGCAGAUGCCAUGGAAAAUAAAACCACCGUGUAUAAGAUUGGAGAUCUUACUGGGUAUUGCACCAAUCCAAACCGUCAUCAGAUGGGGUGGGCUAAACGCAAUGUGGACCACCGCCCCAGGAAUAAUAGCACUGUGGACAUCUGCCCUGUGGACCGCCGUCCAAUGCUGCAGAGGAUCAUGGAGACAGACCCCCUGCAGCAGGGCCAGGCUCUGGCAUUUGCCCUGAAGAAUAAGAAGAAGAUGCAGAAGCGUACUGAUAAACUCGCCAGCAAGUUGUCUGAUUCCAUGAUGUCUGUCCUCGACCUCUCUGGCAAUGCUGAUGACAGUGCUGGUGACUGAUCGACUAAUCUCACCCCCCUUUCCCCUCCAAGCACCAGUUCCAGUGGGAUGAUGGAAUACAGAUGAAAUGGUGUGCUUCUCCCUGAAGCACCUGCAUAUUAAAAGAACUCCUCCCCCACCAUGUCCCCUUCUCACUGUUCCCUCCAUUUUUCAAGAAAAAAGAGCCCCAAGUUGCCGGAGCUGGCAAACCUAAUACUCUUUAUUUAACCCCUACUCUGUUUUUCAAGGGAAAUAAAAUUAUCAGCAGA